AUGGACCUCGCCGAGUUUUACGAAAAAGUAUACGACACUGUACGACUCGUUCCUCAAGGAAAAGUAACCUCGUAUGGACACAUUGCGGCUCUCGUAGGAAUGCCUAGACACUCUCGACACGUCGGUGCAGCACUCAAGAUUCUUCACGAAGACAGCGACGUUCCGUGGCAACGAAUCGUCUCAUCAACAGGGGCCAUAUCAUCGCGGGGACCUGGAACGACUGGAGCCCAACGACAAGCAGAGGCACUUGAAGCAGAAGGUGUACACGUUGAAACGACGCGAAUGGGACAGUUUAAAGUCAGCUUUGCGACAAACGGCUGGUUCCCGCGAACGCUCCAAGAGGCUCAGCAAGACGCGCAAUAA